UCGCUAUGGAUGCUCCUGGUCUUUCUGGUCAUGAUUGGAUCCCUUAUCGAUUUCGUUCUCUAUCUCGUAUGGCUUUUUCACCGUGAAAAGUUCGUUAAAGGACUAUGUACGUUCCGCAGACGAGCUGCUCGCAAUGGUCUCAACGAUUCGAUGAUCAGCGAAACUGUCCAUACAGAGGCAAAUGGCACUCUUAAUGACUACGAUGACGACACUUUAUUCGACAAUUCAAGCGAAUUGUAUGACGUGGAGGUGGACGACACAAACCUCUGCUCCACGAUCUUCUCAGGCCAUUAUCAAGACAGUUCCUGUCAUUGUCCUCCUUUCGUUGCCGCCACAACAUUUUCACGUGCAAGAGAAGGUGGAUUGAACCUUUAACUGCUCUCGACGCAGACGCGUCUUCUGCAAGUGCUUGUCGCUUUCUCGCUGCCCUUCAACACCGCCAAGCUGGUCUUUCCGUAUGAAGAUGCGACUCGCCGGCGCAAUUCACCCACUCGAGCCGGCCCUCGUCUGCAGCAUCCGGGACUCACCUCCGGCGCAGUCGGCGCCCUCGGCCUCGGCCAGACCUCGGCCGUCCCGCGGCAUCCGCUCCUCUUCCUCGAUGGCGUCCGGCUCAUCUCGAUAAGCUGGGUCGUGAUGGGCCAUUGGUUCGUCUACUUCCUUCCAGUCGCCAGUAAGUUGACCAUGCUCCCUGGUCCGAGUCCCUCCAAUCGGGCCUGUCCACGCCCGACCGCCACCUUCCCCAAAGCCAAUAGCUGA